AUGGCAGCCUCAUUGACCCCUGCUGCGCCAAUUGAGCUGGUCCCAAAUGAGCUUCUCGACGCCAUCGUGGAUCAUCUGGUGGUGGCAGACCUGGUGAACCUCUGGAAAUGCAGCACCCAGCUAUCCUACCGAACUCUGGACGCUCUAUUCAGGUCCCCCGAAGCUUGCAGCCGUUCUAUGCUAAUGGCCUGCAAGACCGGAGAUGUACGUCUUAUCCGUGCAGCCUUGUCCCACGGGGCCGAUGUCGACAUCAUUACCGUGGACCAUUCCGAUACCAAGCUGUUCGAGGACCCAGAUCACAGCCGCAUGAUAAUGGGCCCCGAAGUUGAGGAGUUCUCUACUUUGGUAUUGACCGCCAAAAGAAAGCACAACGAAGCCUUCCUCACGCUACUGGACCUCGGAGCAAAUCCCAGUUCCCUUGGCAAGUCGCAGCGAAAGAAUCUUGCCAAGGCUGUCAGGAGACAAUCUUGUGAGCCCAUGCUACGAAGACUGAUGGAUGCGGAAUCCGCAUCAGACCCGCUGCUGACAAGCGCAAAGGAUGGGAUAAGCCUUGUCGCGCUGAUGCGCCGAGGGGCAUCUCUCAGCCUCCUGGAAGCCCUCAUCGACAAGGGCGGAGACCCAAACGGCGUAACCCGUGGAGCAGACAAGUCCACACUCCGCUCACCGCUAUCACAAGCUAUUGAGAUGGGGUCAGUACCUGCGCUUGAGCUUCUCAUCGGAAGAGGCGCGGAUGUCCAAGGCGGACUGGAGUGCUUUGGCAAGUUUCAUCACAGGCUCGACUACCCAUUCGUAUAUCGGCGCCCGGACCAUAUCCCGAUAUUCGCCGCCGCUGCGCGCAUGGCCAGAACUGGGCGUUGCGAUAUGAUGGACCUCUGUUUGGGAUUUGGUGCUGAUAUCAAUAUGAUAGCCCCUGCCUUCCUAGGCAACAGGUUCAUGAGCGUCGACUUGGCUUAUAGCAAGUUCUUUGCGAUGACGCCACUACUCUUUUAUCUUGAGGAGAUACAGCGCUGGCCGGUCAACACGGGUCUAGACCCCGUAAGCGGCAUCGCCUACUUCAUCGAGAGGGACGCGAGUGUAGAGCUGGCUGAAAAGACCGACGUCAGGGGGGCGUGGAUGGAGAAGUCUGAGGUCAAUCCAGUUGCACAUGUAUCUGCAUUGGAGAUCUUGUUAUACAAAUGGGAUCUGAGGGGGCUAAAAGAAGAGCAGCUGUUCAACACAGCUCGUCAUCUGGUCGAACUGGGCUCUGGUGCCACUCGGUCGUUCGAAAUCCUGACUGAGUUUGGGGACGAGUCCCAGCAGAACAAGCAACGGCCUGGCGAUUCCCGUCUGUUCGACGAUCCAGAAGAUGCACCACCCACGUGGUGGACAAUCGCCAGUCUCAUCGUAGAUAAGGCUCAACGGGUGCAUCCCAAUGACUUCAGGUGGCUGCUAAGCACAUAUCCAGUGGAAAGCGGUACGCGCGCAAUUAUAGAGGCAGGCUUGACGGAGCAGUACGUAAAAGACGCGAUACUCAGUAGCGUCAUGUUUUCCAUGUCUGAGCGCAUUGAGUGCUUCGGAGCAUACCAACGCCUCAUCCUUGAUCGUAUCCAGGCUGCGGGCGCAGACAUUAACGGGUUUCUUGGCGAGGAACAUAUUCUGGCCUUGAGAAGGAUCCAUAAUGGUCCGGGAUUGCCUUGGGAUGAAGAUGAUACAGGGAGCCGGGCUCUACAUAGAAUCCUCAGCAGCGUGCGGAGGAGGGUUGAGCAGGUGAAGCAUUUCCCGCAGUGGUUUGUGUCUAACAUGAGGGAAUCUGUCCGGGCGUUUUGUUUGGAUCUUAUUGAAAGAGGUGCGGAUCCUCAUCUCAUGGUACAUGGACGGACGGCUAUGGGGAUUUUGACCGACACCGUAUCUCUUUCACUUCCGGUCAGCGAGCCUUGUAAGGAGUUGGCUCGAACGAUUGAGGAUGCCCAUACGAGAUACCUUAAGAAUUAG